GUUCAAUCCGUGGACUCUGGAGUUAUCCCAUUAUCUGUCAAUAGUUAUCGAAAUUUUAUCGAAAAAUACUUGAAAUAUGAAUGAUAACAUGCGAUUUACGGUCGAAGUGUUCACCAUACCCUAAAGUUAACUUCGGAAAUUGUUAUUAAAUCUGCAACAAACGUCUGUUGCAGAAAAUUAUAAUAUUCAAAACACUUUCCAGCAUAACUCCGGCAAAAAAGGUUUCUACCAAGUAUGACGCCGUAUUAAAGCUAUCGAUCCCAUAUUCGCCAUCAUUCCAGUUUACAAAUUGUGAGAACAAAGUGAAAAAUGGCUAGAUACUUUGAAAAUACGACAACUUUCAACUUUAGUUGGGACCAAGUUGCGUGCGGGUAUUGGAAAAGGUACCCUAAUCCACAAAGUACACAUGUGUUAUCUGAGGAUACAUGGAGCAGGCAGGUGCGGGAUGGUUGUCUAUAUACAAAACGUGUUCUCACAAAAACCAAUAGAGUGCCAAAGUGGGGAGAAAGGUUUUUCAAUGCCAAAUCAGUAAAGAUUAUUGAAGAGAGUAUAGUUGAUCCUAAGGAGAAAGUUCUAGUCACAUAUACAAGGAAUUUGGGAUAUACAAAAGUCAUGAGUGUGGUGGAGCGCGUGGAGUACCGGUCAGUGGGCGGGCAGACAAUCGCGCACCGCUCGGCCUGGAUCGACUCACAGGUGUUCGGCUUCUCGCGAGCCAUCCGCGCUUUCGGGGUCGACAGGUUCCGCAAGAAUUGCACGCAGAUGGUGAAUGGGUUCAACCAUGUACUGCACGCGAUGUUCCCGCGUGCGAGUGGGGCGGGUGGUGGGGGUGUGGGGGGCGGGGCGCCGGUGCGGGAGGCGCUGCGCGAGAUGCGUGACGCCGCCGCCGCCGCCACAGACAGGGCCAAGCACAACGUCCUCUCCUCUGUCAACACCACAUAACCAGACUAGUACCCUGCAUCACCACUCUGCCUGGACCGGGCUCUCAUAAACAUUCUGCUGUCAAACUGUUGUCAUAGAGCAGACAUCUUCACACCAGUCACAGAGCAGUCCAUAGACAAGAGGCAAAGAUUUUAUACUUUUGUGAUUUAACUGAACUUAAAUUUCAGUGAUAAAUCCUUAUUUUGAACUCUGAAAAUAAAGAGAAAUGUAUAUUACAAAUCAUACCUCGUAAAAUUUAAAUAUAGUUAUAUCAUUUUUAGAAA